CACACAAUUCACUGUCAAAGCGUAGUUGUGAGCGAGCCGACUAAUUUCAACCCAAGGACCGAGGAAAACAAAUAAACAAAUAUGCUCCGGGUUGUAUAUGGUAUAUUUAGGUAAAUCUCAUGGCACAGUUGACUGAUACAAAAUGCAUAAUGACUCUGUAGGAAUAAGUCCUCAUUAAGUAUUUAAUCUGCUGAAUGACUUUUACCAAAACAAGGUGAAUGAAUCCUGUAUUGAGAAAAUAAAGAUGUGGGAAACGAUAGAAGGCAAUGAAACUAAUGCUGUAACACUAGGAAAGCAAGCAGAAGGAUCAGAGAACUGGGAAUCGGUUGAAAAUACCAAAGAUAUCAAAGAGGAAACAGAUAUUUUAAAACAGUUAUGGGCAUGUGCAGAUAUUGCUGAGGGUGAAAAACUAGCAGACGUUAGUGGGGGCACCAAGCAAGAAGUACUUCCUGAACAGGAAUGGCAGAGCACAUCUCACAAUAAUAUGGAGAUUACAAUAGAAGCAGUUCAAAAGGAGAUGCAGCUAAAAGCUUCUGCAUCUGGUGGUGAUGUUGUUGCAUCAAAAAACACUGCUAAAAAAACUGAAAUUCACCAAUGUUCUGAAUGCGGGAAGAAGUUUGAUAACAAAUUCCAGUUAGAGUCGCACAUAUUUAGUCAUACUGGAGAGCCACCGUUCGAAUGUGUAGACUGUGGGAAGAUUUUCCAGCAGCAGUAUGCAUUAAAGAAUCAUCUACUGAUACACAAAAAGACCUUUGCUUGUACAGUUUGUGGGAAAAGACUAUUAAAUUACCAGAACCUUGCCAGACAUAUCCAGACCCACAGUGAAGAGAAACCACAUAAAUGUUCUGUGUGUGGGAAGGGGUUUCGUGAAAAAUCUUAUGUUAAGAAACAUAUGUGUACUCAUGCUGGAUUGAGUCCUUUUCUAUGCCCUGAGUGUGGCAAGACCUUUGGGGAAAAGAGAUAUUUAGAGAUACAUAAGCGUAGUCAUACUGGUGAAAAACCUUUUGUGUGCCCGCAGUGUGGAAAAGGUUUUGGAGACAAACGGUACCUAAAAGAUCACAUGCGCAUUCAUACAGGAGAGAGGCCUUUUAACUGUACAGAUUGUGGGAAAAGUUUUGGAGACAGAAAAUAUUUGAAAGUCCAUAUUCGUAUCCAUACUGGAGAAAAACCAUUUGAGUGCUCAGUAUGCAGAAAAAGAUUUAGGGACAGGAGAGAUCUUAAGAGACACAUAAAACUGCACACCAGAGAUUCUGUAUAGAUUGCAUGACAAGAAGGAAUGUGAUUGUGAGUGAAUGCAUGUAUGUGUGUGUAUGUGUAUGUGCGUGCAUGUGUGUAUGCGUGUGUCUGCGCGCACGCAUGCAUGCGUGCAUGCAUGUAUGUGUGUGUGUGCUUGCUUAUAUUGUAUUAAAAGUGUAAUGUCUUAAGAAUAGGAAAUAUAUCAAAGAUUUAAUUUGAAACCUUUAGAAUUGAUUUAGUGAAAAUAGUAGUAGAUUAAUUGCUAUGUAAAUGUUUUGCUAUCACUUCAUGAUAUAUUGUUAGCAUCAUAAGUACAGAUAUGACACACACAAAAACGCAAACACACACAAAAAUACACACGCACACACACAUGCACAUACACACACAAAAAUACACACGCACACACACAUGCACAUACACACACAAAAAUACACACACAUGCAGGCAUGCACACACACUCGCACACACACUCGCACACACACACGCGCACACACACGCGCACACACACACGCACACACACGCGCACACACACGUGCACACACGUGCGCGCACACACACACACACACACACACACACACACACACACACACACACACACACACACACACACACACACACACACACACACACACACACACACACACACAUAAACACACACUAUAUAUAUAUCUCUUUUUGUCUCUCUCCCUUUUGGGUCUCUGGGUCUCUCUC